CUCUCUCUCUCUCUCUCUCUGUGUGUGUGUGUGUGUGUGUGUGUGUGUGCGAGAAAAGUGGGGGUGUACUCUCAUUCGGGGAGUAUGGUGCACGACAAUGCAUAAUACUAAUAAUAUUAAUAAUAAACCUCUUUAAAAAAUGCACCAAGACUCUUUACCCCUUGGGUGGUGUGGAAAUAAGGUCAAAGUGUAAUAUUUUAAUAUUCGUAGCGACCACUCCUUCCCCACUCCCUGGCCAUCCCCAGCGGAACCUCACCAUUCACCUGGAUGAUUCACAUCAAAAUUUGCUUGACGGUCCUGGCAUUACAUAUACAGGUACAGUCUCCAUAUUUUGUCAUAAUUAUGCCAUAUGGCUGAUAUUGUAUGGCAGAUGGCAGACACAACAAAAAAUGGCAGAAAUGCGAUAAUUAAAGCAGGCAGAGCAACUGGCAACUGCGGUGUGUUGGGUUGACUUGAGCUGACAACGCCGCGGUGGCAACGCUGCCAAGUGUUGUACAAAUUUCUUUGUAUUCACUCACAGAUAGAGAAUCAAUCAUAAAAACCAUAUUUGUUUUUAUACUAGAGUGAGAGAGAAAGAGAGAGAGAGAAGGGUGUGUAAGGCACGGUGCGCGAGGUCAGUUGGAGACAUAGCACCAGUGUCUAGCGGGCUGUCUACGUCAGAGCCGCCACUUAAGAUUUGCCGGACAUAGUAGCCACUUGAAGAGCGGCGAGAGGCGAGCGAGCGAGGGGGGAGCUGAGGGGUUCGGGGUUUUGAAAAAUUGACACUUCUGGGUGCAUUUUCCUAUUGGAAAGACGAAAAAUUAACUGGGACUCUUAGUCCCAGUUUUUCGUUUUUAUUUUCUCAGAAAGUGGGCUUUUUAGCAGAUGGGGGAGGGGGUCUCUCCGAGCCACCCCCCCCCUCCCCCUUGGGAACAGGCCCUGGAAAUGGUGUAGAUUUAUUCGGCACAGCGGUGCGCGGUUCUCCAGGUUCUUCGUCCAUUCUUAUCAGGUUUUAAUCAAAGCAGCCCAGCGUCCUCUCACCUUGUCGCCCUCGUGUUGGAGAGCACCCUUUAUAUAUCGCACGGACGACGCACGGAGGAUCACAUGCAUCACUGAUAGUCGAGCAGACGGCACAUGCAUUCCGAUCACCCUGAGACAGUGUGAGGAACCCCACCCCCCACAGUCACAUUAACAGCCUUUCUUCCUCUUGCCUCUGUGCCUGCAGUACACCACAGGACAUUGUUGGAUUCAGUGCCCAGGUCCUGCCUCUCAGGGAUUCCGGUCUAUCACGUACGGGACUAACAUGCAUCACACCUACUUCCUGCCGGCAUUUCGCCUCUGGUCCCAGGACCACCCCAUCAAGAUCAACAUGCCGCAGCCAUCCAUCAGCGCCAUUAAUUUCAAAUACGAUAAGGACUUCCUUAAAAUACGGACCCUGUUCGGGGUGACGGACUUGAUGUGCAAUGAGUCCAACUGUCACGGGGUCGGACACACGUGGAACAACCGCCACAACUUGCUGGGCCUGUUCUGGCUGAUGCUCACCACCACGAUGGUCUGCUGCCUCUCCUACGUGGCCGCGGUGCUGUGCCAGGACUUCCUCUCCAGGGAAAUCCAGUCACAGGUAAUCAUGGAUGACAGAAAGACGUCAGUGGAGCUCAAGGGUGACUCGGCGCUACAGUUACCUUCGGUUGUGAUAUGUAAUCGUGCCUAUUUCUCCCGCCGAAAGCUGACCGAUAUGGGCGUCAGCAGCGGCCUCACGCACUACCUUAUUGUCUCCAUCGGCUCCACCUUGAUCUCGAAGGACAACUACGGGCCCAAUCCGGAAGAGUUUGAACUCAAGAGCCGCGCUGAGCUGCUCGAAUACCUCCAGAACCGCAGCAUGAGCUUCCCGGAGCUCAUUGAGUCGAUCUCCUACGAGUGUGAGGAGAUGGUGCUGCAGUGUAACAUCGGGAACCGGCGCUACAACGCCUCGGAGUGCUGUAAGACCUUCGUGCCGGUCCGCACCCUGACGGGGCUGUGCUUCAUGCACCUUUCCUCCGACAUCGACGCCCAGCCCUCCGACGGGGAGCACAUGGGCCUCACCUUCUACUUCAACAUUACAAGGGACGACUGGCCAGAUCUGGACCCUGGCAUCCUGGACCCCUCCCACACGGCCAAGGUGGGGCUGCAGGCCACGCUCAUCAGCAACCACACCCACCCCGCCCAAGUGGUGCUGGGCAAAGGCUCCAUCCUGGAACCUCGCAUCCACUCCUCCGCCACCAUUACCCUCACCGUGGUGCAGGACACGGGCCUGAAGACGAUAGUGGACCUGUACGAGCAGCCGUGUCUGCCGCUCGCUGACCUGAAGCCCGAGCCGGGUCUGCAAAACUUCAUUAAGACGAAACCAAAUUGUGACCUUUACGCCACGAGGUCCUGCCUGCACCAAUUUUGCAACUGUACCUUAUACUCCCUCAGCUUUCCAAGAGACGAGGUGAUGCCGUGCAUGCUGGCGGACAACGAGGAGUGCCGGCGGCUGCUGCACCGAGGGCUGGAGCCUGAAAUGCCUGCUGACCAGACUGACGGUGUCAGUAACGCGACCAGGCUAGCUAUUGAGUCGUGCCUCUCCAAAGCGCGGCUCUCCUGCGGGCACCUGUGUGAGCGCCACGACUUCACCUCCGCCACGAGCCACAUGCCCGUGCCGCCGAAGAUCUACGAUAAUCUCGUGGACCAUUAUAAUCUCUCGAACGGGAGUGACCUCGCCAUAAUGACAGCCUUCUACCCUGACCUUCGCUACACCUCAGUCAAAAUGUGGCGCAAAGAUCUCCUGAACUUUCUAUGCACGCUGGGGGGCUACACCGGCCUCUUCCUCGGCUGCUCCGUCCUUGUCGUCUGCGAAUUCUUCGUUUACGUUGGACUCGUUGCUCACGUCAUCAUCAGGAGACUGAUAGAGAGGCAGAAAACUGUCACCAUGAAGGUCACUUCAAAUGCCUGAGCGUAAACUGAUACUUUAGAUUAGUACAAAGAUGAAACAAGGAAUUCUAAGUCUAAAUGGGAGAAAGCAAUACAUCCGGCCAUGAAGGCCUCUUUGAAAUACACUAGACUGUCUGUGCCUGGAAAUGAACAUAAGAACUUAAGAACGUAGGAGUCUGCAAGAGGCCGGUAGGCCUGUACAAGGCAGCUCCUUUGAACGUAAGCUCCCGUGAAUAUAACCCCACCUAAUAUCGCUGUCCAUGAAUUUAUCUAAUUUAUUUUUGAAUGUGACAAUUGUAUUGGCAUUCACCACAUGACUGCUCAGCCUGUUCCACUCAUCUACCACUCUGUUAGUAAACCAGUUUUUGCCUAUGUCCCUGUUGAAUCUGAAUUUAUCCAGUUUAAACCCAUUACUACGUGUCCUACCCGGUUCUCUUACCAACAGAACCUUAUGAAUAUUCCCCUUAUUAAAGCCCUUCAUCCAUUUAUAAACCUCGAUCAUGUCUCCACGCACCCUUCGCCUUUCUAGAGAAUGCAAAUUUAACUGUUUGAGUCUUCCCUCGUAUGGCAAGUUUCGUAACCCUUGAAUCAUCUAAGUCAUCCUCCUCUGCACCGAUUCUAACAUUUUUAUAUCCAUUCUAUAGUAAGGUGACCAGAACUGAACCGCAUAAUCAAGAUGAGGUCUAACUAAUGCUAAAUAUAGUUUGAGGAAGAUUUCGGCGCUUCUGUUGCUUACGUUCCUUGAAAUAAAACCCAGUACCCUGUUUGCUCGAUUCCUAGCUUGAAUGCAUUGUGCCCUUGGACGGAGAUCAGAGCUCACUAAGACCGCUAAAUCCCUCUCGCACCCAGACCUGCUUGUGGGAGUGUCAUUUAAGCAAUAGUUAUGUGAGGGGUUGUUCCUACCUACACUCAGAAUGCUGCACUUCCCUACAUUGAACUCCAUCUCCCAUUUAUCCGCCCAGUUAUACAAUCUGUUUAGUUCAUUCUGGAGAAUACUAGCGUCCUGAUCCGACUCAAUUACUCUACCGAUCUUGGUAUCAUCUGCAAACUUACUGACAUUACUACUAAUUCCUGUAUCUAAUAUUUAUGCUGCUUCUCUUCACUAACCUCACCUUAAAAUCAAGAUUAAAUGAUGAUGUGUAACACGAUGAGGUUAUUACAGUAAGACUAACAGUUAUUACUCAAUGAGAAAACAACAUUGUAGAUGCCUUGGUAUUAUCAAAUUAAUAACACAUACCUUUA